CUGGCCCAGCCGCUAUUGCGCCGUGCAGUAGUGAGGGCAGGCAGGCUGGAGCAGAGCGUCAAGUGCGCCACGACCGAAGUAGGUCACCGCUCCCUCUUACGUUUCCACCACCCUCCGCGCCUAGGAGCCGGCCGCUCUAACUCGAGGGACUCUCACGAGAGACCACCGCGAAAGCGAUCCUUUCCUUGCGCUGUAGGCCAACACCGUGUCCAGCGAGCCAAGCGGGUUCUCACCAACGGUACCUAGACUCGAAUCCGGCGUCUCCCCUCUUUCAGGAAUUCGCGUUAUUUCUUUCACUCCUUUCUGACCGCCGCGAUCUUUUUCCCGCCAUGUCGGUGGCGGCUGGCGUUAGCGAUGCGGCGAUCGCGAUUCGGGAGAAACUGCGCGGAAGGAUCGCGCAGACGAAGGUGAAGCGGUACUGGCCGGGGAAGGCGCCUGAAUGGGCGGACGACGCGGAGGACGCGCGGGGGGGCGUGUUCGGAGAGGCGGAGGACGAGCGCGAGGACAUCGGGGACCGCCUCACGCGCGUUAGGGUUUCGGAGAACGACGCGCGGCUGAGACGACUGGGGGAGAGCCGGCGGGACAGGGAGGAGGCUGUAGCGCGGCAUCGGGAGAUACGGGCGGCAGAGAUUGUCUCGACGCGGGAGGAGGAGGAGAGGAAGCAGCAGGAGCGGGAGGAGGAGGAGGAGGAAGAGGAGGACGAGGAGGCGAUCGAGGAGAGGCGAAGGAGAAUACGCGAGCGGCUGCUGCAGCGGCAGAGAGAAGAAGAGGAACUGGCGGCUCUGGGGGAGGGCGAGGAGGAGGAGGAGGAGGAGGAGGAGGAGGAGGAGUCGUCGGAGUACGAGACGGAUUCGGAGGAGGAGGGCGGCGGCAUGGCCAUGAUAAAGCCCGUCUUCGUGCCCAAGGGCGAGCGCGACACCGUGGCGGAGAGGGAGCGCGCGGAGCAGGAGGAGCGCGAGCUGGAGGAGGCGGUGAGGCGCCGCGUGGAGGAGCGCAAGGCGGAGACGCGGCAGCUCGUGGUGGAGGAGGUGCGGCGUGACGAGGAGAAGGAGCAGCGCCGCGCGGAGGACGGCGGGGGGGACGGCGGGGAGGGGGGCGCGGAGGACGUGGAGACGGACGACGAGACGGAUGCGGAGGCGGAGUUCGAGCGGUGGCGCGCGCGCGAGAAGGCGCGCGUGCGGCGGGAGCGCGAGGAGCGCGAGGCGGUGGCGCGCGAGAAAGAGGAGCGCGAGCGCGUGGCGCGCAUGACGGAGGAGCAGCGGCGCGAGUGGGAGCGGCGCAACCCCAAGGUGGUGGCAGGCGGCGGGGCAAAGAAGAAGUGGAAGUUCAUGCAGAAGUACUACCACAAGGGCGCCUUCUUCCAGGCCGGCGCCGACGACAAGGGCGGCACGGCGGGCACGGACGAGAUCUUCACGCGCGACUACUCGGAGGCCACCGGCGAGGACAGGCUGGACAAGAGCGCGCUGCCCUCCGCCAUGCAGGUGAAGCACUUUGGGCGCAGUGGGCGCAGCAAGUGGACACACCUGGUCAACGAGGACACCACCGAGUGGGACACUCCGUGGACGUACAGCGACGCCCUGCGGGCGCGGUACAACAACAAGAUGGCGGGGAUGGACAAGCCGCUGGAGAAGCCCAAGGGCAGCAAGAAGCUAAAAAACGCACUCAACGACACAUGACGCCCGCGAUGCCAUGUCGCAGAGCAGUGCCAAGGCUGGACAAGAUUCCCUCCGGUGCGAUGGUCUCUUACUGGAUGCUGCUUUUUUAUAGCGUGCUGUAUGCCGUUCUUUAUUUGGGCUAAGUUUUUCUUCUGCUGUACCUUGUCACUGUCAAACAUAUAUUGUUAUGUUUGUAUAGACUGUAUAGGUUUGUGUCUUAGAGGGUACAGUUUCUAGGUUAUAUUCCCUUGUACUCUCCCA